AUGUCCUCCUCCUCUCCGCCACCCUCAAACCCAAAGCCCGAUCUCACGCAAUCUACCGCGACUAUCCCUUCCGACAGCGAGCGCUACAGCUCCUCCGACCCCUCCAACAAUCUCUCUCCUUCCCCAGAACCCUCCACAGAGGAGCGACCGCCUCCACUAAUACUCUACUCGCCGCCUACCAUAUGGGGCCUGCUGCGCGGGGCAGCCAUCAAUUUGCUGUUACCGUUUGUGAAUGGGCUGAUGCUAGGUUUCGGGGAAUUGUUGGCACAUGAAGCUGCCUUUCAAUUAGGGUGGAGUGGGACGAAGGUUCGUCUUCGAAAACCUCAACAAGACCUCUUCACGAGCCUGCAGACAUUCAGGGCGAUCUGGACCGUGGCUGAUGAGACUUUCGUUGCAGAUAUUCCCAAGCGGGCGGACAGCGCGGCCGGUGGGGCCAGGAAUUGA